GAAAUUUUACACCGAAAACAAUGUUUUUGCUAUGAAAUGUUUAAAUGGUUUAAAAAAAAGUGAAAUAAAAGAUUUUUAUAUAAUAUUUAUGUAUGAAUGUACAGCAAAAAGAUUUUUAUAUAUUAUAGGCGGAAUUUUUUAUUAAAAAAAAAAUCUAAAUUAUUUUAAUAUCAAAACGGAAUUCAAUCUUUAGAUCUAUAAAUAAAUCGUAUAUAAAUGACGAUUCAAACAGUAUUGGACAGUCACAAGAUGAAGCCAAAGGAAUGGAAAAAUAAAACAUUAAAAGAGAAAUGUAUUCACGUAUGGCAAAAUAUUACUGUUGAACCAAUGUUAGCAUGUUACAUUAUGCCCAGUUGUUUGGCAAGUCUUGCAACACAAAAUUUAAAUUUGGAAAAGGCCUGUAGAAUAAAUAUGGCAUAUGGUGAUGAAAUCUGUGAUGCUUUAACACGAAGGGAAACCCAAAAUUAUACAACUGAAGAAGCAACCGUUCAACAGUUAGUAGCUCGAAUGGCUGGUUGGAAGACGGUUUUACAAAGUCUUUUACCAUGUCUUUUAAUUCUAUUUUGGGGUUCUUGGAGCGACAGGCAUGGCCGUCGAAAACCUUGUAUGUUAAUACCAAUUCUAGGAGAAUUUUUAGCAGCUAUUGGUUUAAUUUUUUGUACAUAUUUUGAAAGUCUACCCAUGGAAGCAUCCGGUUUCACAGAAGCUUUAUUUCCAGGAUUGACUGGUGGAUGGUUUACCCAAUUGAUGGGUGUUUUUAGUUAUAUUGCUGAUGUAACAACAGAAGAGGAUCGUACAUUAAGAAUUGGAAUCCUAAAUUUAUGUUUUUCUUUGGGUGUACCAUUUGGAAUGGCAUUUAGUGGGAUUCUUCUCAAGGAAAUUGGUUUUUACGGAAUAUUUUCAAUUUCUGCAGCUCUAUACCUUAUAGCAUUUCUUUAUGGUUUAUUUUAUGUUGAAGAACCAAUAAAAAAGAGUAAAGAAGAAUUAGCAAAAGUAACGAAAAGUAAUUUUAUAGCUGACUUUUUUGAUAAAAAGCAUGUUGUUGAUACUUUUAAAGUGGCUUUUAAAAAAGGUGCAAAUAAAAGAAGAAUUCGUGUUAUUAUGCUGAUGAUCGUUGUUAUGGUUGUUAUUGGGCCACUUCAUGGUGAAAUGGCUGUAAUUUACUUAUUCACAAGAUACCAAUUCAAUUGGAGUGAGGUUGAAUUCAGUUUCUUUUCUACAUACGCUAUGAUUACUUCUUUAUUUGGAACACUCUUUUCUGUUGGUGUUCUUUCACAUAUGUUGAAAAUUGAUGAUGCUCUAAUUGGUGUUCUAUCAAGUAUGUCAAAAAUAUUAUCAAGUUUUGUAUAUGCAUUUGCAGUAACAACUUGGCAAUUAUAUUUAGCACCAAUAGUAGAAAUUUUAAAUGGAACAUCAUUUAUUGCAAUGAGAUCAAUUGCCACAAAAUUGGUGGAAAAAGAUGAACUUGGUAAAGUUAAUUCAUUGUUUGGAGUUGCUGAAGCAUUAAUGCCAUUAGUUUAUGCUCCAAUGUAUACGACACUUUAUGCAGCUACAUUGAAUAUACUACCAGGAGCAUUUUAUUUGCUUGGAGGAGCAUUGACUGCACCUGCUGUGGCUAUAUUUCUGUGGAUGUAUGGAAUUCAUAAAAAAGAUAGAAAACGUAAAGCUCUUGAAGAACAACAAAAAAAAUUAACAAAGGACAAUAAAGAAAUAUUAGCAAAUUGUAAUGGCAGAAUAAUUGAAUCACUCGAGUAUGUGAUAAAAGAUGGAGUGAUUAAUGAAGCAUUUAAUUCUGAUGGCAUUGUAGGCAUUAGUUAUAUUGAAGUGACAAAGGAAUAUAAUAAUACCGAAAAUAACUGUGAUAAAAUAUCAAAAAUUUAGAUUUUUAAUAAAAUGAAUUAUUUAUUGAUUAUGAAUGCUUUUUGCAUUUAAAUAUUAGAAAAAAGAAAUAUUUUUUCAUAAAUAAAAAUGUAAGAUUCAAUAGAUUUAAGUAUAUAAGUAUGUAUAUAUAAGUAUGUAUUUUUUAUUACAACAUUCUUUGUAUAUAUACAUUGAUAUACUUAUGUAAAAAUUUUAUAUUAUAAUUAUACUAUAGUU